ACCAUCAACCUUAAAGUUUGAAAAUAAUUCCAAAAGAAAUAUUAAAUUAAAGAGACACUACAUGUGGAAUAACAAUUUAGCUUUAUAUGCUAAUUCACACACCAGACACCUUAUUUAUACUCCUACACUUUCCUCAUGACAUAACUACCUUCAAAUAGUUCAGAAUAUUAUUUCUCUUUCUCUUUCUCUAUUCAUAUAGCAAAUGGGUGAGGAAGUAAAACAGGAACAACCUAAAGCAGAGUCGAAGCCAGAGGAAACUUCAGCAGAGGAGAAGGAAGAGCCUAAACCACCAUCUCCAUGUGUUUUGUUUGUAGACUUGCAUUGUGUGGGAUGUGCCAAGAAAAUUGAGAAGUAUAUUAUGAAAACUAGAGGAGUUGAGGGAGUGGUGAUUGAUAUGGCUAAAAAUGAAGUGAUCAUAAAAGGGAUAGUAGAGCCUCAAGCAAUCUGCAAUAUUAUAACAAAGAAAACAAAGAGAAUGGCCAAAGUUAUAUCUCCAUUGCCUGAAGCAGAAGGAGAACCUAUACCAGAAGUUGUUACUUCUCAGGUUAGUGAACCAGAAACUGUGGAACUUAAUGUGAACAUGCACUGUGAGGCCUGUGCUGAGCAGCUCAAGGUGAAGAUACUCAAAAUGAGAGGAGUCCAAACAGUAGUGACAGAACUAAGCACAGGGAAGGUUACUGUGACAGGAACCAUGGAUGCAAACAAGUUAGUGGAUUAUGUUUAUAGACGCACCAAAAAGCAAGCCAAAAUAGUUCCACAACCAGAAGCAGAAGAGGCUAAACCAGAAGAAAAGAAAGAAGAGGGUGGUGAAGAUAAUAAGAAUGAGAGUAAAGAAGAGAAGGGUGAGGAAGAGAAUAUUGGAGUUGAUGAGGAAAGCAUGAAGAGGAUGAUGUACUAUUACAAACCACUCUAUAUGAUUGAGAGAAUGCCACCACCACCUCAACUCUUCAGUGAUGAAAAUCCAAAUGCAUGUUGCAUUUCAUAAAAUUCAUCACAUUAAUUCACAUGAUCAAACUAUAAUUUUUUGAUAAUAUAUAUUGUUCAGUCUUUUUAUGCAUGUACGAUAUAUUACUACAUAUUAACAGAUACAUUACAGCAUUACUGUACACAUGCUGCAGAAAUGUGUAUGCAUUUUUAUAGUCUAUAGAUUGAAGAUGAUUAAUAUGUAAAUGACACAUUAUAAAUACCAGAAAAAAAUUAUAAUAAAGGGAGAGAAGGCUACUUGAUUAUUAUAAGUAUAAUAGACAUUCCUUAGCAGAAAUCAGGUGUGUGGAUUUGAGUUUCACAUGGUGGUAGGGUCCACAUAAUGAAGUCUGAAUCAUCUGAUGUAAUAAGAAGUCGUGGCGAGACACCAAAUGCAGCUCAUAAGAUUGGAACCCAUCUUAUAAUGUUUGCCAUGAUGAAGCCAUGACAGAACAGCCUAUUGUUUGUCUUUCUCCUGCAGAAUAUAUCUCAUAGUAGAAUUUGUCAUCGAUUGAUUACUCUAAAAGUGAUCAGACAAGUCGGGUCUCAGGUUGCAGGCGGUUCAGUUAGAGUAUGGCAGGUUGGGCCAGUUCUUAGGCCGGACUAAAUUUUGGUUGAAUUCGUAAAUUUCUGUGUUUUUUACCAAUAAUAGCCCCAAUCUAUUGAUUUUUCAA